UUUAAUCUAUACACUUUUCUGUCAGUAUUCCUAUAUAAUAUUCCAUUUUUUUUUAAAGUGUAAGGAUAGCAGUAAAUAUAAUUAUGCUGUGUUUUUGUACAGAUUCUCCUCGUGCACGGCAAAAUACUGCUAAUACUUCAGUGACAGAUUCUCCUCAUGCACAGCAAACUACUGCGAAUACUUCAGUGACAGAUUCUCCUCAUGCACGGCAAACUACUGCUACUACUUCAGUGUCAGAUUCAGAUAGUACCUUCCUUAUCUACAAUGAGGACCGCAACAAAUGUGUGUAUGCCAUGAAUGCUACUGAAGUGCACACUGCUCCAUGCGAUGCAUCUUUCAAAGCUCAGCGUUUCCGAUGGAUUUCCUCUUCACGAAUCAUUAGCCUCUCUUUUAGUCUCUGCUUGGGGGCCGAGGAGAUCGAAGACUGGGUCAAAAUUAUCCUUCUGCCCUGCAGUGAACUCAGCCCAAUGCAAACCUGGGAAUGUAAAGAUAAGACCUUGUUUGGACUGAAGGGACUUCCACUGCACCUGAACUAUGGACAUGGGCAAAAUAUGAUGUUGUUUACAGGAACAGGUCCUUUUAGUCGCUGGCUGAUUUAUGGGACCAAAGAAAAUUUGUGUUCUCGUAGAUAUCAAGAGAUGUUUAGUACCGGUGGUUAUUCAGUUGGGAAGCCAUGCCAUUUCCCUUUUAAGUUUAGUGGAAAGUGGUACGCUGAUUGCACUGUGGAUGGCAGGGAAGAUGGUCGACUGUGGUGUUCCACAGAAAAAGAUUUCGACACGGACAGAAAGUGGGGCUUCUGCCCCCAAAAAAAUGCCCCAGUGCCCAACAUCACAGUGUUCAGGCAGAUGCAGGACGGAGAGCAUGUGAUGGUGAUGUGUUCAUUUGGCAGGAGGUUCAUUGAGAGCUCUUUCCAGCUGUCAGUGGAUUGUGAACACAACUACACACUGAAGAACCCACUGUGUUAUUCAAAUGAAAAGUGUGUGUUUGAUGCGAAAGUGAGCUCACCUGUUUCCUUCACCUGUGUGCACGAGAUUAAUUCUGUGGUGAACCAGCAGAGUGAGACCAAAACCUACAGCCCAUCUGAUGAUCAUGAGGAAAAAGUCUCUUUAUUCUACAUCUGCUUUUCCUCCUUCAUUGCUGUUGGUCUCGUCAUCAUGACUGCAGCAGUGAUCGUGACCACCAUCAGGAGCAAAGCUAAAGACUCCAUCAACCACACCACAGCUGUUAAAGAGGAUGACUACACAAAUGCACAAAUAAUCAGAAGACUUUCUGAAGAGAGAAGAGCAGGCCUGAAGAAGGAAAAAAAAAGUUUCCUGAGCUGUUUUAACUGAAAGCAACUUACACUGGCAUAUUUUAAAAGUCAUUGUUUUGUCUCAAGAUUCACACCAGUAAUGUUUUUUUUUUUCCUAAGUCGCAUUUAUGAAAGCUACUUAAAUGUCUUAUUGAACUAAGGCCUAAUCCAUGGCUUACUCUAAGCCCUGUCUGUGAAACCAGGCCUAUAAGUGACAAAAGUAGUCAUGAUUACCACCAGUAGAAGACAAAGCUGCAUCACCAUUCAAUUAAAGCUCGACCCAUGUUCUGUAUCUUCUUUUUGUCAGAUUCACUCCGAAUGAUCAGCUUCUGUAAAGUUUGUCAUUUCACUUAACCCAUCUGUAAUGAUAAAACACUCAUUCCAGAGUUUAGUGACUCGAUAUACACACAACAGAAGCAUAACCUGCAAACAAGCCUGCACUGGCCCUUUACGGGCCCACUUAGGGCUGCCAGCGCUGGGCCCCUGAAAAUUUGCUCAUUGGCAAAAUGUUGGCCCCCUAAGCACUGAGGUAAGCGCUUGCUUUAGUUGGGCUCUUGACCCUUGAUUUCAACCUGUAAUGUUUCUCUGGCUGUUAUACUGUGUGUUUCUAAAGCACAUUUGUUAUAGCAAAAGUUGUGAAAAGAAAAGUUGAUCUGAUUAUCACCUUAAUUAAUGA